AUGUCCUUUGUAGACCUCAAACACAUUCCCUGUCCCAAGGGAGAGCAAUGCACAGCUUUCAUGUGCCUCUUCCAGCAUAAAGCAGACAGGGAUAAGAUGGCGGCACCUUCAGCACCGGCACUCAACGCGUCAGGAACGUCGGCAGAAAGGUCGACUGAUACCACGACGGAUGCAACCCGGGAUGGCCCUCGAAAACGUCUGAAGGUUGCCCAAGACGUCAGAAACCCCGCCGAUUCUACAAGAGCUCCCACUCCUGUCAAAACGACCUCAAAACAAGACGUUACCGCACCAAGACCAGAUGACACUCUGUCACCUGUCGCUCGGCCCAUCUCACCUCCACCUUUAAAGCGCCCGUCAUCCUCCUCCUCCACGGCUGAUUCACCUGCCACUACUGCAUCCUCUACUACAAACCCAACCUCACUUCAAAAAGACACUCCUUCCACCCCCUCCAAGACCGAGCCUCCCAAGACUAUCAGGAAGGCUGAGGCUCUCAACCCUCGUUUACUCAAAUCAUCACCGGCAAAGUUCGAGAUUCGAUUCAAGCUCGUGCAACUGCUACACGAACAAUACGUUCGCCUAAACAACGAGCUCGAGAAGACUGCCAAAGACGCAGAAGAGAAGCAGCUCGUUCUCAAAGACCAAGAUCUCAUUUGGAGAGUCCUUGACGAAGAAGAAUCCACGGCGAUAGAGAAAGGUGCCAUCUACUCAAACGUAAUUAAGAACAAAAUCAUGCAGUACAAAAAGAUGACGCUGCUCCAGUGGAAGGAGGAGAGAGUCGUUCAACGCCGCCAAACAACCCCAAAGGGUCCUCACAACAAGGCUGCAGUCCCUCCCAAGAAGAUUGUUACGGGCUUGAACUCGGCCCAGGAAGUUCAGCUUGUUCGCCAACUCAUCACCCCCAUCGAUGGCCUUGCCGUCCAUGGCUAUGUCUCCUCUGUCCCUGCCGAGGCUGACAUCCAGAAGGCUCGUGAGGGUCUUGAUGCCGCAAAGGGUUGGGAGAAGUGUGACCGCUGCGACAAGCGCUUCCAGAUGUUCCCCGGAAGAAGAGAAGAGGAUGGAGCUCUCGCCUCCGGCGGCAGUUGCAACUUCCACUGGGGCAAGACCUACUUCCCCGAGCGCCAAAUGGGUGACAGAUCCCAGCAACCCAAACGCUACCGAUGCUGUGGCCAAGCCGUCGGAGACUCUGCCGGUUGUCAUUCCAACGUUCACCACGUCUUCAAGGCAUCGGAUCCCAAGAGACUGGCUUCCGUUCUCAACUACGCCGAGACACCCGCCAACCCCAAUGCUCCCACCGACAGAGCUGUUGGCUUCGAUUGCGAAAUGUGCUACACAGUUCAUGGCCUUGAGCUCAUCCGUAUCACUGCAACCUCUUGGCCCGAUGGAGAGGAGCUCUUGGACGUCCUCGUUCAGCCCAUCGGUGAGAUCCUUGAUCUCAACUCGCGCUACUCGGGUGUGUGGCCCGAAGACAUGGCAUCCGCGGAGCCCUGGACUGCGAAGGAAGAAGAUCCAACUCCUGCCCAGGCGAAAACGAUGUCGAGCCCUAAGAAGACCAAGAAGAAGAUGAAGGUUGUGUCGUCGCCUGAAAUUGCCCGCGAUCUUCUCUUUGCCCUCAUCAGCCCCGAGACUCCACUGAUUGGUCACGGACUGGAGAAUGAUUUGAAUGCCGUUCGCAUCGUCCACCCUACAGUCAUCGACACCGUUCUUCUCUUCCCUCACAAGCAUGGCCUUCCGUACCGCCUGGGCCUGAAGAUGCUGAUGGACAACCUUCUGAGCCGCAAAAUCCAAGUUGAGACGGCUGGCAAAGUUCAGGGACACGACAGUGCGGAAGACGCCCGGGCUGCGGGAGAUCUCGUGCGCCUCAAGCUCUCGGAGGAAUGGAAGAGCAUGAAGCUCAAGGGUUGGAAGCUCGAGGGUGGUGAAUUCGUUCCGCCUGGUGGCAAGGUGGAUGAUUUCAAUGGUCACUUGACUGCCGAGUUCCUUGAAUCUGCCCUUUAG